CCGAGAAUGCGACCCCAACUCCGGCCCCUCGGGAUGAUGCUACUCUUGUGUUUGCCGAUGCUUCAGUCGAGGUUGCUCCUGUCUCUGUCGACGUCGAGCCUGCCCCUCAGGACGAAGCUUCUAUGGUACGCACCGACAUAAUGUCUUCCUCUCAUAGCACCAACUCUUUCUCCACCAGCAUUGAUGAGCUUUUUGGUGGCAUCAGAGGUGGUAUCAGUGGCAAGGUUACUAGCCCACCAUAGAGCAAUUUUUUUUUUUUUUGCAACUUAAUUUUCAAUUCUUGUAGCUUGAGGGAUGUAAAGCCCUCCUUUUUGGAAUGCAAGGGUGUUUUUUUCUUUUGCUAAGUGUUGUUUUCUUUUCCUUUCUUGUCUUUGCCAUCAGGGCCAAGUCUUUUACUGGGGACCUCAACAUUAGAGAUGGCAGUGGACCAGAGAAAAAUGGGUAUUCGUCCAAACCCGUCUCGUUUGGACUGGGGAUGGAUUAUACGUAUUGGACGGUGGACGUAUACGAGAUACCC